AGUCUUGAACGCAGCAUGAGCUGCAGAGAGCAGGAACGGGGAAGUGGAUCAAUGGGAUGAAAGUUUGCUCCUUAAACUCGUCCAAACAAAGACCCUACCAUGGAAACGGUGCACAUGUGUGUCCUGUUUGUUCUCCUGACUUUGACUUUAGGAGAAGAUGUUAAAUUAAAGUAUAAACCAGCAAACAAACCUGUAAGACUGUUCACAGAGGAGGAGCUGAAGAGAUACGACGGCAGAGAGGAGGGACAGCCUAUUUACAUGGCAGUGAAAGGAGUGGUGUUUGAUGUCACUGAGGGCAAAGAGUUUUAUGGAAAAGAUGCUCCAUACAACGCCCUGGUUGGAAAGGACUCCACCCGGGCUGUUGCCAAAAUGUCUCUGGACCCAGCUGACCUGACAUCAGAUAUUACGGGUCUGACCGAGGAGCAGCUGGAGUCUCUGGAAGGAGUUUUUGAAGGCACGUAUAAAAAGAAGUAUCCCAUCGUGGGUUACACGGCGUCACGCAUCCUCACCGCGGACGGGAGUCCAAACAAAGACUUUAAACCGGAGGACCAGCCUCACUUCAAAAUCAAAGAUGAGUUUUAAUCUCAGAGUUGAAGAUUAGUUUUAGUAAUUUUAUAGACACUUAUAGCCUGAAGGUUUACAUGAUCACUUUACUGUAAUCUCUAUUAUUAUAUAUUUUUACAUACAUUAUGUCAAGAUCAGAAUGAGGCUUCUUUGAUAAACUUCAAUGAGUAGAUCCGUCCCAUCCAGACGAAGACUCCUUUAAAUGUCCAUGUGCAGAUGUUAUCAAUCAUCACAUAUCCUGUUCAGUGAUGGUCACAGGAUUUGUCCUGAAGGCUUCAUGUCUCCACAUCAGACUCCUGUAAGCUGCAUAUAGAAACAAACAAACCCGGCAUGUUGAAUCAAAGCUACAGAAGUUUAACAACCUGUUAACUACUUUAUGAUCAAACCUGGAUCAGACUUCUUUAAAAUGGAAAAAACACCCAUGUUGACACAUCAUGUAUAUCAGCUGACAUGCUCAGUAGAGGUAUAGUUAAUCACCAUAAACUACACACAUCACCACCCUCAUCAUUAAACUGAGAACAGAGCAGUGAGGGAGCUGUGGAUGAAAGUUUAGCUGAAGCUGUUUGCUGAUGGCUUUGAGAAGAGCUCAGAUCAGUUAGAUACUGAACCAUGACUGUCCUCCAGACCAGUUGUGAUGGCACUACAUCAUCUCAUUCAUACAUUACUGUACAAACAAGUCUUAAACUCAAAAUGUGUCUCUUUUCAGACAUGCACUCUGUAAAAUGUCUCAGCAGGCUGGACAUGACGUCAAAUAAUCCCAGUAUAAUGUCUCACAAACACACCUGAGAUUUAAACUACUAUGACUCCUUUAA